AUGAGAAAUUUGAUAGUCUUGAACAAAGGGCAUAUUUCUCCUGAAUCGAAGACAUACCCAGAUUUGGGUCUUGUUGAUUCAGUUUUUGAUGCAGUGUCUAAUAGUGUAACGUUUGCUCUAUCGUCAGAGGAAUCGGGAAUAAUCGAAGUACAACAAUUUAUGAAAAAUGGAGAGGUAUUGGUAUUAGCUUCAUUUCCUAGUGAUGGUGGUCGUAUUUUAUCAUUCAAUCAUUUCGUUGAUGCCUGCCAGUUGAUAUUUGUUAUGGAAAAUGGAGAUAUCGUUACAGCUACAUAUGACCCAGCACAGCCAGACCCAGACACUACGAUGGUAGAAAUCGUAGGGUCUAUUGAUUCAGGUUUAUUGGCAUCGUCAUGGUCUCCUGAUGAAGAAACAUUAGCGAUUUUAACAAGAGAAAAUAACUUGCUCUUGUUGUCUAGAUUAUUCGAGCCACUCAAUGAAAAACAAUUAAACCCAGAUGAUAUAAAAAUUACCGACUCCAAGCACGUAUCUGUUGGAUGGGGUAAGAAAGAGACACAAUUCAAAGGUAAAGGUGCAAAGGCAUUAGAAAGAGAAAAGGAAGCUUUGAAACACGCAGGCUUAGAUUUAAAGGAAGACACUCCAUUAAGAGACCCUACGGUAGCACAAUUAGAAAAGGGUACUAUUUCAGAGUUUGAUGAUAGAUCUGCUAGUAUAAGUUGGAGAGGUGACUGCGAAUAUUUUGCCAUUACAACAGUUGAACCUGUUUUGGUCGAAGAUACUCAAGAAUUGUAUGACAGAAGAGUCAUUAGAGUUUUCAGUAGAGAAGGUGAAUUAGACAGUGUUUCGGAAGCAGUGGAUGGAUUAGAACACAAUUUAUCUUGGAAGCCUCAGGGCUCUUUAAUUGCAUCAACUCAAAGACAUACUGAUGACGACGGUGAUGAAACCUUAGACUUAGUUUUCUAUGAAAGAAAUGGUUUGAGACAUGGUGAAUUUAACACCAGAUUAAACCCAUUUGAAGAAUCAAUUCAGAACCUUGAAUGGUCUUCAGACAGUGAGGUCUUAGCAUUUCAAUUAACUGAUAGGGUUCAAUUAUGGACUAACAAGAAUUACCAUUGGUAUUUGAAACAAGAAAUCUACGUGACUGAAGAUGACUCUUCAAAUGAAGUUUCGUUUAUUAAAUUUCACCCUGAAAAGCCAUUACAUUUAAUGAUUGGGACACUGAGAUGUGGUAUACAAGUCAUUGAUUUGGCCUAUAAAAUUACUACGGGCUCUACGCAGUUGGGCCAUGACAUUGGUAUGACUUUAGUUGCUGACGGUAAUAUUGUGAAGAUUACUCCAUUGUCCGUAGCCAAUGUUCCCCCACCUAUCAGUUUUAGGGAGAUAGAAGUUGAAGAUAACAUUACCGAUUUAGCAAUCAGUAAAUCGAAUGAGAUCUAUGCUAUAUUAACCAGCAAGAACGAUAUUUAUAUUUGCCAUUUACCAAUUGAAAACAUGAAAAAGGGAAAGCAUCCAAAGAUUAUUAGCAAAAUUGAUUCAACUCAAUUCAUGGGUCCAGCAGAAUUUUCAAAGCAAAUUGCAUUUGUAGCUGAUUCUACGAUAGUUGUGGUUGUUGAUGCUGGAAAUUAUUCAAAGGCUAUUGAGUUUGAUAUUCGUGAUGAUAUUGCUUCACCUAUAUUUAACGACUCAAUUAAUUUUGUACCAAAAGUUGUUUUAUUGAAAUCACAAGCUGACUUCAAUGCUGUAGCUUUACAAACUAUCGACGGUACGGUUUAUCAAUUGAAUUCUCGUCAAGAUCUUGCGGAAGUCAGUAAAUUUCCCCAAUUAUGUCGUGAUUUUGAAUUAGCUGUUACUUCUUCCGACGAAGAAAUGGAAGAUUCUGAUCCUGUUUUGAUAGCUUUCGGAAUUUCAACAAAUGGUAAAUUAUUCGCUGACCAAAAGCAAAUUGCGACCGCAGUCACUUCAUUAAAGACGACCGAGUCUCAUCUUCUUUUCACUACUGCCCAAUCACAAUUAUGCUUUAUUCACUUGAAAUCAGCGACUGGUAACUUUGAGUAUGAUAUUUUCCAAAAGACUAAUGAUAAUAACGAAUCUUCAAUUGAUGAAAGAAUAAGACAAGUUGAAAGAGGAUCUAUUUUAGUAAAUGCUAUGCCAUCUAAAUACUCCGUAGUAUUAGAAGCACCUAGAGGGAAUUUAGAAACUAUCUGCCCUAGAAUUAUGGUGUUAUCAGGAGUUCGUAAAUUCAUUAAACAGAAGAAUUAUAAAGAAGCAUUUUUGGCAUGUCGUACACACAGAAUCGACUUGGAUAUUUUACAUGAUUACGAUCCAGAACUAUUUUCUGCUAAUGUCGAAGUCUUUGUCAAUCAAAUAAAGAAAGUCGAACAUUUGGAUUUGUUUGUUUCAUGUUUACAUGAGGAAGAUGUUACAUUAACCAAAUACAAAGAUACUAUUAGAGAGUCUGAGAAUAUCACCACAGGAUUGAAGUCAUUGCAAUUAGAAUCACAACCUACUCCUGUACAGAAUGAUGGUACUAAGAAAAUGAUUAGGAAUAAAGUCCAAAAGAAGGACCCCAAAGAUUCAAAGGUUAAUAAAAUCUGUGAAAAGAUUUUAUCUGUAUUAUUGAAGCCUGAAUAUUUCGAAAAAUAUUUGCAAACAAUUAUUACUGCGUACGCUUGUGAGAAUCCUCCAAAUUUACCAGAUGCAUUAAAAUUAGUAGGUGGCUUCAAGAGUGUUGAACAAACUGAACAAGCUGUUAUACAUUUGUGCUUCUUGCAGGAUGUUAAUAAAUUAUAUGAUACUGCUUUGGGAUUAUAUGACGUUAAAUUGACCUUAGCCAUUGCUCAACAAUCUCAAAAGGAUCCAAAAGAAUAUUUACCAUUUUUACAAAACUUGCAUACACAACCACAGUUAAGAAAGCAAUUCUUAAUUGACGAUUACCUUAAGAAUUAUGAAAAGGCAUUAGGCUGGUUAUUUGAGAUUGGUGAAGAAUCUCAUGAUGAAUUCGAUGAAUAUGUUGUGGCUCAUGAAUUAUAUAAAAAAGCAUUGCUUAUUUACAAAUAUGAUUCUGGAAGAACGAAUGAUAUAUUAAGAUUAUAUGCGGAUUAUUUACAUGACCAACAAAACUUUAGUGAGUCUGCAUUAACUUACGAAUACUUGAGUGAUUUUGAAAAUGCGCUUGAAAAUUACAUACUUGGCAAGAAAUGGAAAGAAGCAUUAUCAAUAGUUCAAAAGGCUGAAUACAAAUCUAAAUUGAUUUCUUCUGCUGAAAGAUUGGUAUCUUCUUUAACCGAAGAACAUAAAUACGCUGCAGCUGCAGAAAUUGAAUUUUAUUUCUUAGGAAAUAUUGAAGAAGCAAUAAAAUUAUAUUGUAAAAAUUAUUUUUACGAAGAUGCAAUUUUAUUAGCAGUUAAAGAAAAGAAGGAUGAUUUGAUUCCUUCUAUAGUGGAUAUUCAAUUGAAUGAAGGAUUCGGAACUAUUGCUGAAUUAUUGGCUGAUUGUAAAGGUCAAAUGACAUCCCAAUUGAGAAGAUUAAGAGAAUUAAGAGCUAAGAAACAAGAAGACCCAUAUUCGUUUUAUGGAGCACCAAAUGACGACUUCGAUACACCAGAUAAUGUUUCUGUGGCAGCAUCGGAAACUUCAACCACGCCUUCUUUUUUUACUAGAUAUACUGGUAAAACAUCCGGCACAGCUAAGACUGGUGCAUCUAGAAGAACUGCCAAAAAUCGUAAGAGAGAAGAGAGAAAGAAGGCUAAAGGUAGAAAAGGUACUAUCUAUGAAGAAGAAUAUCUUAUUAGAUCUGUCGGUCGUUUAUUAGAAAGAUUGGAUCAAACACAACCUGAUGCUAUUAGAUUAAUUGAGGGAUUAAUUAGAAGGAACAUGAAAGAACAAGCCUAUCAAAUUCAGAAAAACUGGAUGGAACUUCUUGAUUUCUUGAGAGAAAAUAUUGAGGAAAUUCACAACAUGAGCGAAAGAGAUAGAGAAAGAAUUGAUGACAAUGGUGAAGUAUACUUAAUACCUGAAAUUCCAGUUCCAACAAUAUCUGAUUUCCCAAAAAAGAAUAUUUUAGAUUUUUAG